GCAAAGAAACAAAUAUGAGACUUGUCGCAACAUCUCUCUGUUUUCUCUUCAAAGUAUUCUCUGCAAAAGAGUGAAGAACAAAAAACGCCACCAUGUCAUUUGAAAUUGUAGAACAAAACCUAAUACAUUUUAUCAAACACCUACCCUGCGAGUUAACCAUGCGAGCAAACACCUACCUUUGUCUUGGAGUUGCAGAAACUGUUGUUCUUGAUAACCAAUGAAAACAGGGAAAUUAUAAUCGAGAAUCCAAGAAAGAUGGAGGGUAUUCAAUCCACAUCCUUGACCUCAUCAAUUUGCAGCAACGUUGCCUGAUUACAAGUUGGUGGAACCCAACACCCAAUUGAGAUGGACCAAAGUCGUUUGCCAGGGAGAAAAGGGAACUUGCAAACCAAUACCCAAUUCAAUAAACCAAAGUUAUAGCCAAUCACAAAUGGCUCAGACUCCAUGAACAACUUCGACUCAAAGUUGGGUUUUUGGGGGUUAAACGUUUCUGGGUAUCAUGAAAGUUUGAGGAUUUGGUGACAAAAAAUCAAUAUUUUUCAAUUAUUUUUCUGGGGCGUAUUUUUUGUGGGUUUUAGCUUGGUUUCAUGGCCUUAUCCAUGUCUGGUGUCUCAAAUCAAAAGCACGUCAAACAAAGACAUGAGUUCUUCCGCAAUACAAAUUCAAAUCUAAGUCCUGCAAAUUGGUCUUUCCUUAUACGAAAUCACCUCUCUCAAGGAUCACCUAGACAAGCGCUUCUGGUUUACACCCGAGUUCGGCAUCAAGGAAUCUACAUUGUAGGCCUACUCCCUUUGAUUCUCAAGGCUUGUGCUUCUCUUUCCUCCAUAAAUCAUGGGAAGGCAUUGCACGCAGAGUCUAUCAAGUCUGGUAUGAAUUGUGAUGUGUUGGUUGGUACCUCGUUAGUUGACAUGUAUGCGAAAUGCGGGGAUGUUUUUGAGUCCCGGAAAGUGUUUGAUUAUAUGCCUGAGAAAAAUGUGGUGGCUUGGAAUGCAAUAAUUGGAGGGUACUUGAGAAGUGGGGAUACAGCGUCUGCAGUUUUCUUGUUUGAGAAGAUGUCAAUGCGGACAUCUGUGACUUGGAUUGAGAUGAUCGCUGGGUUUGCGCGAAGUGGGGACACUGUGACUGCUAGGCGGUUCUUUGAUCAGGUUCCACCUGAGUUGAAGAACGUGGUUACGUGGACUGUGAUGGUUGAGGGGUAUUGUAGCAAUGGGAAGAUGGAGGCAGCAAGGGAAGUUUUUGAGGCAAUGCCACAGCGCAAUUUCUUUGUGUGGUCAUCAAUGAUUUCCGGGUAUUGCAAGAAAGGUGAUGUUAGGGAGGCCAAGUUCAUCUUUGAUAGAAUCCCAGUCCGGAACUUGGUGAACUGGAAUUCUUUGAUAUCCGGGUAUGCACAAAAUGGAUUUUCUGAGGAGGCUUUGAAAGCAUUUGGGAAGAUGCAAGCAGAAGGCUUUGAGCCAGAUGAAGUUACUGUUGUGAGCGUUUUAUCUGCAUGUGCUCAGUCUGGGCUUUUAGAUGUUGGCAAGAAUAUACACGAUAUCUUAGGUCAUAAAAGGAUAAAGCUUAGUCAGAUUGUUCUGAAUGCACUUGUAGACAUGUACGCAAAAUGUGGUGAUUUGGUCAAUGCAAGGUUGAUCUUUGAGGGGAUGACUGAGAGGAACAGUGCCUGUUGGAAUGCUAUGAUUUCAGGUCUGGCCAUUCAUGGACAGUGCAAGGAGGCUCUUGAACUAUUUCACAGAAUGGAAGAUUCAAAUGAAAGGCCUGAUGACAUAACCUUUAUUUCUGUUCUGUCGGCUUGUGCGCAUGGAGGUUUAGUGGAUGAAGGCAUAGAAACUUUCUCCAAGAUGGAGAAAUAUGGUUUGGCAACAGGGAUUAAACAUUAUGGAUGCCUGGUUGACCUUUUGGGACGGGCAGGAAGAUUAAGAGAGGCUUAUGCUUUAAUCAAGAGAAUGCCAAUCAAACCCAAUGGCAUGGUUUGGGGGGCUAUGCUGGGGGCUUGCCGGAUUUAUAUGGAUAUGGAGAUGACUGAACAGGUAGUAAAGGAUAUUGGCACCCUAGAUUCAAAUAUUGGGUCGGGUGAUAAUUUACACUAUGUGCUUCUGUCAAAUAUUUAUGCUGCUUCCGAUAGAUGGGAGACGGCUGAAAGGACAAGGAUUGCCAUGGUAAAUGAAGGCUUUCAAAAGACACCUGCUCACAGUGCAUUUGUGACCAGCGGCACAUAGCAUGUCUUUCGUGUGCCUCUUCUUGGUAAAUCAUUGCUCUGUGGCAGAUCAUGACCACUAAGCAAUUACCAAAAUUGAUUCAAAUCAUAAGCGCAACUCGAACAUACAAAUUGUGCGGUGGCUUAAGACGAGAGGAUUUUGCAUGAUGGUAGCUGCCGUCCCAUUAGUUCAUGUCAGAGUAGAGUUGACUGAGUUAAUUUUGGUGAUAAAACAAGAUGCUUAGUUCCAAUGAAAUUAGACACCAGUUGCUCAAACAACCUGAUAUAAUGUGCAAAGAAUUGAUUGGCAUCAGAAUGUCAGGCUCAACCAUUGUUAAAAACAAAAGUGGAGUCCUCAAAUCUUGGAUUAUUUAGGCAUUGAAUAAAACAGGAGUGGCAGCAGCUUCUGGAUACUUCUGAACAUGAAAUCACUGCAAGGGUUCUUAAAAAGCCUUUAGCAAAAUGGAUUUUGCACAUUCAACACAAUUGUGCUGGUUUUCAGUUACAUAGAACUCGUUUACGCUGCAGAGACUUUCUUUCUUUUCCCCUCAUUGUGUAUAUUACAAGUAUGAAAAUCAAAAUGAAGAACUUUAUCUU